GAGAGACACAGGGGGGAAGGAGGAUGGAAGGGCGUUUGUUUGAGACAGGCUGUGAGAGAGCAGGGAGGGGCUGAGCGCGAGUGCCGGUAGAGUAAAGAGGAAUCAGCCCUCUGCUUUUCAUUUCCAGCGGCUUUCGGAACCUUGAGCCUGACAUUUCUGGAAACACUGUGGAUUUGCUUUGUAGUGUCAUUAAGAGCUGGACCGAAUACAGUUUUCAAGCCGCUGUCGUUGCUUUCUGUGUUCUCUUUUCAUUUGGCUGUGGAGCUGAUCAUGUUAACACUCCUGGGAUACACACAGCGGACAGAGGCCAAUCAGAGGUGGAGAGGGGUUCUGUGACAGGAGCAAGACUAAGUUAACUGAGGCACCUGAGGGAGGAUCGCUAGCCCCUUACCUUUUACCCUUACUACGACCCUCCCUGAGCAGCCAUGGCGCCCCGCAAACGAGGUGGUGGAGGGCGUAGCAUGUCCUUCAUCUUCUGCUGCUUCCAGAGCAGCGACCACCCAGAGAUCACCUACCGGCUGCGGGAGGACUUCGUCCUGCAGACCAUGGAGCCCACGCUGCCCAUCCCCAGCUACGAUGAGCUGGAUGGCAUGUUCUCUGAGCUUGUGGAUGAGCUGGACCUCACAGAGAAGCACAGGGAGGCCAUGUUUGCAUUGCCUGCAGAGAAGAAAUGGCAGAUCUACUGCAGUAAGAAAAAGGAACAAGAAGAGAAUAAAGGUGCUACUAGCUGGCCAGAGUACUACAUCGAUCAGCUCAACUCAAUGGCAGCAAGGAAGACACUUCUGGCCUUGGAGAAGGAGGAAGAAGAGGAACGCAACAAGACCAUAGAAAGCCUCAAAACUGCGCUGCGGACACAACCUAUGAGGUUUGUUACUCGGUUCAUUGACCUGGAUGGUCUGACCUGCAUCCUGAACUUCCUGAAGAGCAUGGACUACGAGACUACAGAGUCUCAGAUCCACACAUCCCUCAUAGGCUGCAUCAAAGCGCUGAUGAACAACUCUCAGGGCCGCGCUCAUGUGCUCUCCCACCCCGAGAGCAUCAACAUCAUCGCCCAGAGUCUGGCCACAGAGAACAUCAAGACCAAAGUGGCUGUGUUGGAGAUCAUGGGAGCUGUGUGCUUGGUUCCGGGAGGCCACAAGAAAGUUCUAGAGGCUAUGCUGCAUUACCAGAAAUUCGCUUGUGAACGAACACGAUUUCAGAUGCUUCUGAAUGAUCUGGAUCGAAGUACGGGUCGGUACAGGGACGAGGUCAGCUUGAAGACGGCCAUUAUGUCCUUCAUUAAUGCUGUUCUGAGCCAGGGGGCUGGAGAGACCAGUCUCGAGUUCAGGGUACAUUUGAGAUACGAGUUCCUCAUGUUGGGGAUUCAGCCCAUCAUUGAUAAACUCAGGUCACAUGAAAACUCUACGUUAGACCGGCACUUGGAUUACUUUGAAAUGCUAAGAAAUGAUGAUGAGCUCACUGUAUCAAGACGCUUUGAAAGUGUGCAUGUAGACACUAAAAGUGCUUCGCAGGUGUUUGACCUCAUACGUAAGAAGAUGACCCACACAGAUGCAUACCCGCACUUUAUGUCCAUACUGCACCACUGCCUGCUUAUGCCUCAUAAGAGGAGUGGGAACACAGUGCAGUACUGGUUACUUCUUGACCGCAUCGUCCAACAGAUGGUCCUCCAGAAUGACAAGGGUCAUGACCCUGACGUCACCCCUUUGGAAAACUUCAAUGUCAAGAAUGUGGUUAGAAUGCUUGUCAAUGAAAACGAGGUCAAGCAGUGGAAGGAGCAGGCAGAGAAGAUGCGUAAAGACCACCAUGAGCUUCAGCAGAAGAUGGAGAAGAAGGAGCGCGAGUGUGACGCCAAGACCCAGGAGAAAGAGGAAAUGAUGCAAACACUCAACAAGAUGAAGGAGAAGCUUGAGAAGGAGACGGCAGAACAUAGACUGGUCAAGCAACAAGUGUCGGAACUUGGUGCUCGCCUACAUGAACUCAGCACGAGACAGGUAGCCAGUGUGCCUGGUGGUCCCCCCCUCAUACCCGGACCUCCAGGUGGUCCUCUCUCUCCUCCACCUCCUCCCCCUCCUCCUGGGGGCAUGAUGCCUCCUCCUCCACCUCCUCCACCCUGUGGUGCUAUGAUGCCCCCACCUCCACCCCCUCCACCUGGCGGCCCUCCACCGCCCCUUGGUCGUCCACCUCUAGGUGGGCCUCCUCCUCCUCCUGGAGCCCCCGUAGGCCCAGCCCUCAAGAAGAAGAAUAUUCCUCAGCCUUCCAAUCCACUCAAGUCCUUCAACUGGGCCAAGCUAUCUGAGAACAAGCUGGAAGGCACAGUGUGGGCUGAGGUGGAUGACAGCAAAGUUUUCAAGAUCUUAGACCUGACAGACAUUGAGAAAACCUUCUCAGCAUACCAGAGACAGCAGGACUUCUUUAUGGUCAAUAACAGCAAACAGAAAGAGGCAGAGGACGACACUCUGAGCUCGAAAAAAGUCAAAGAGUUGUCCGUCAUCGACGGCCGUCGGGCCCAGAACUGCAACAUCCUGCUCUCACGGUUGAAACUCUCCAAUGAGGAAAUGAAGAGGGCUAUCCUGACUAUGGAUGAACAGGAAGAUCUGCCUAAGGAUAUGCUGGAGCAGAUGCUGAAGUUUAUCCCGGAGAAGAGUGACGUUGAUCUGCUGGAAGAGCACAAACAUGAACUGGACCGCAUGGCCAAGGCAGACCGCUUCCUCUACGAGAUGAGCAGAAUAAACCAUUACCAGCAGAGGUUACAGUCUCUGUACUUCAAGAAGAAGUUUGCAGAGAGGAUCGCAGAGAUAAAGCCCAAAGUUGAAGCAUUAACCAAGGCCUCUAAAGAGGUGCUGCAGAGCCGGAAUCUGAAGCAGCUCCUGGAGGUGGUGCUGGCAUUCGGCAACUACAUGAAUAAGGGCCAAAGAGGGAAUGCUUUUGGCUUUAAAGUGUCUUCACUCAACAAGAUUGCUGACACCAAAUCCAGCAUUGACAAGAACAUCACUCUCUUACACUACUUGAUCACCAUCCUGGAGAAGAAGUACCCCAAAGUUAUGCAGAUCCCAGAAGACCUGCAGAAUGUGCCAGAAGCUGCUAAAGUCAAUAUGACAGAACUGGAGAAGGAGAUCAACAACCUGCGCAGUGGCUUGAAGAGUGUAGAAAGUGAGCUGGAGUUCCAGAAGAAGCGUCCUCAGGAGGUGGGGGAUAAGUUUGUGUCUGUGGUCAGCCAGUUCGUCACGCUGGCCAGUUUCAGCUUCUCUGAUGUGGAAGACUCCCUCGGCGAAGCCAAGGAACUGUUUUUGAAGGCAGUAAAGCACUUCGGUGAAGAUGCCGUGAAGAUGCAGCCAGACGAGUUCUUUGGCAUCUUUGACCAGUUCCUGCAGUCCUUCGCUGAGGCUCGGCAGGAGAACGAGAACAUGCGUCGGCGUAAGGAAGAAGAGGAGCGACGGGCACGCAUGGAGGCUCAGCUGAAGGAGCAGAGAGAGAAAGAGAGAAAGGCCCGGAAGGCCAAAGAGAACGGAGAGGAUGACGGGGGUGAGUUUGAUGACCUGGUGUCAGCACUGCGCUCCGGGGAGGUGUUCGAUAAGGACCUGUCCAAGAUGAAGCGGAACCGCAAACGCAUCAACAGCCAAACCACUGACACGGGGAGGGAGCGUCCCAUCACCAAACUCAACUUCUGAGCUACACAUUGUUGUUUGGCCAGUCAAAAAGCUUCAUUACUGAGCCACACAGCACCUGAGGUCAUCAGCCAUGGGUUCCACAAGCGUUCGGUUCCUUGACUGGACAAUACUGCCCCUUAGUGGUGGACAGUGGGAGAGCAGUCUUCUCCUUUAAUAGACAUAAAAUGGACAAAGUAUAUGAAAAGAGCAUAUUGGAGGGAGAGGGCGUUAAGUCCUAGAGGGUUUGCCUACACUUAAUUAUGAAUUGAAAUGGAGCACCUGUCAAAAAAGUGGAAAGAAAGAGACUUUUGGUGGAUUUUAAGACUUACAGCUGCCAAAAACACCUCAUGCAGUUCUUUCGUCUUCGAGUGGGUUGGUGCUGGUGUACCGAGAUUACUAAGACAAGGAGAAAAAAACUAGUCAAAUCUGGAUUUGACUUGAGAGGAACUCACAGCAGAGGUACACUUCCCUUCGAUUUUCCAUUGCAAGAUCUCUUCUAACCUUCAGCACAACUUCACAAGAAACCAACACAGAAACAAAAACUGCUCAUCAACAUUGAAACACAGCAUGCAGAGUUACAAACUACCAAACCAUUCCAUGCCAGCAAGACACGCAGAACUUUUUCCACCAAUAAAUGGAACAGUUAAGAGAAAAUAAAGACACCGCUGGACUGGUUGAUACCAAGCAGAAAGAACCUGGGUAUUUCAGUCUGGGCUGGUUAUCUUCACCCAGUUUAAGCCUGUCCCUAGACUCAAAAAGAAUUACCAAUGGUGAAUCCAUUGAUCGUGUAAUCUGGUCCAAGAUAACUCUUAAUUUUAGUCCAGAGUUCAACACAAAGCAGCUCCACAACCUUGUG